AUGUCCUAUUAUGAUAUAGAUUAAAUAAUAUUUGAAGAGGAGAAAAUUAACAUAAAAUUUAACCAAGAAAUUCUUAAAAUCGGUUUUUUAGACCUACAUUUAGAAUAUUCAGAUGGAAAAGACAUAUAAAAAGAUACAAUUUUAGAAGUCCCGUUUUGGUUAGCACAAUAAUUAAACGAAUAAUUAUAAAUAAAUGAAGAAUAAGAAGAUUCUGAUUCAGUAUUAACAUUAGAAGUUCCAUUAAUAUUCAGGCCAUAAUUUUAAUAAAGCUUAAUUGCAGAUCCUUAAUUUAUUAAUUUGCGUGAAAAAAGUUUUUAUUUUUAUGAAUUUGGUAUUAGAAUUGGAUUAUAUUUUAAAGAUUAUAAACUUUUCGAUGUUCUAUUACAUGUUUUUGAGACUAGAGUGAAAUCUUUUGCAAGAUAAUCAUUUUAUUUAGUUAUUGAAGAUUGCGCCAAUAUGAUUUUAAAAAUGACUCAUAAAGAAAUCGAACUUUUUAAUUAAGGAAGAAACCAAGCUACUAAAUUAAGAAAAUGGAAAUCUGAGGGAUUAAAAAAUGGUCAUUAUGAUAGAGUUUUGAACAAAUUAAAAGGAAUUAAAGCUAAUUGA